AGGCGGCUGACAGCUGACAGGAUGGAGCCAGUACCGAUGCCUUCGCUUCUCCCCUGGAAGCGGCAGAGCCGGGACAGGCUGGGCAGGAGGACCUAGCAGCUGGCCGGGUGAUGGCAGCAUGAGUGAAAAUGAGGGGGACCUCCGUCCAGAUGGCCCAGAAGCAGCCCAACCCUGUGGGGCCAUUCCGGACUUUUUCACGAGGGAAGCUUCACCUCCAGGCUGCCACCAUGAAGCGUCCCACCCGAGCCCGAUCCUCAGCUCCCCAGGGACGGGGCUGGAGAAGAGCCCCGGCUGCGCCUUCCGGAAGCGCAAAGAGCCGGCGGUGCCCCAGCGAGCGCUGCUGGGGGAGAAGCCUCACAUCUGCGUCGAGUGCGGGCAGAGCUUUAACCGCGGCUCCGACCUGAGCCGCCACCGGCGCACUCACAGCGGGGAGAAGCCGCACGCCUGCGCCGACUGCGGCAAAGGCUUCGGCCGCCGCUCCCACCUGCUCCAGCACCGUCGCCUGCACACGGGCGAGCGGCCCUACCGCUGCAAGGAGUGCGGGAAGGGCUUCAGCCAGAGCACGCACCUGCUGCAGCACCGGCGCAACCACACCGGCGAGAGGCCCUACGUCUGCGCCAAGUGCGGCAGGAACUUCUACCAGAACUCCGGGCUGCUGCGCCACGCCAGCUUCCACACGGGGGAGAAGCCCUACCGGUGCCCCCAGUGCGGGAAGCGCUUCGGCGACAGCUCCAACCUGGUUGCCCACCGGCGGCUCCACACCGGGGAGAAGCCCUACAAGUGCGCCGACUGCGACAAGUGCUUCAGCGAGAGCUCCAAGCUGGUCAUCCACCGGCGCGUCCACACGGGGGAGAAGCCGUACCUGUGCCCCGACUGUGGCAAGAGCUUCAGCCAGCGCUCGCACCUGGUCCAACACGGUCGCAUCCACAGCGGGGAGAAGCCCUACAGGUGUGCUGAGUGCGGCUCCUGUUUCGGUGACAACUCUACCCUCACCCGGCAUCGUCGCACCCAUACUGGGGAGAAGCCUUUCAAAUGCUCCCACUGUGGGAAGAGCUUCAGUCGCAACUCCUACUUGGUCUCACACCAGCGGGUGCACGGGUGGUAGGCAGUGGCGAGGGCUGGAGCCUGCUGGUGAGCUAGGAUGUGGCUUCUGAUCCAGGCCUGUGCAAAGGGUGCCUAAGGGACAAGGAAGUGGACGAGAGUGAGGUGAUUCUGCCAUUUUACUCUGCUCGGGGGAGACCUCCACUGGAGUACUGCAUACAGCUCUGGAGCCCUCAAUACAGCAAGGACAUGGACCUGAUGGAGAGGGUCCAGAGGAGGGCUGUGAAAAUGA